AUGUCCGAUUCAGACCCCAAUGCAGUACGCAUACAAGACCUCAAAUUAAGAUUCUUUAAGAGUCCAGAGAUGGACGAAGGAAACGUGGAAAAAUACAAAGCUAAUGAACUGAGAUAUGCCCCAAGUGAAAAAAAAAGCACAGUAAAAGUCCUCGAUGCCAUCAGUGCCCCCUGGUCAUUGAUGCUGUCAGAGAAAAAGAUGGAAAGAGAGAACAUACAAGAAGAAGCAAUAGCUGCAAUGGCUGGUUUUUACCAAGGGUUCGAUCCUGAAGCAUACCUGAAGUACAAUUACACACCACCACGAGCGGACUUCAGCCGAAGUGACAGCAUCGUACCAUGGAAGCUAAACUGCCUUCAUAAAGCUUUCAGAGAGGAUGCCAUAAAAGGAGACAUUCUUGUGGAUGUUGGUUCUGGUCCAACUUUAUAUCAGGUGAUGAGCGGAUGUGAGAAUUUUAAUCGAGUCAUAUUAUCUGAUUUUUUGGAAGUGAAUCGGAAUGAAUUAGACAAAUGGCUCAAGAAUGGACAGAGCAACUUUGAUUGGACCCCUUACCUGAAACAUGUGUGUGAGCUGGAGGGACGCAGUUCCUCAGCAUGGCAGGAGAAAGCAGAGAGGCUUCGGUCGGUGGUGACUGACAUUUUUCCUGUUAAUGUUCACCGCCUGUUCCCAUUUCCACCUGGAUCCUUGACUGCUUCCAGCGCUGACUGCCUUGUGUCCUGUUUCUGCCUUGAAAGUGUAAGCCCUGACAUUUCCUCGUUCACUCAAGCUCUACGCAAUCUGUCCAGCCUCCUGCGUAACGGUGGUCACCUUUUGCUUAUUGGAGCUCUGGGGGAGAGCUUUUACAUGGCAGCUCCUGAUGUUCGGAUCCCCGUUGUGCCACUGGAUGAGGCUCAGGUUUGUGCGAGUCUGAACGCCAGUGGCUUCGAUCUCCUGCAGCUCAGUGUGUAUCGAUUAACAGCAGACAUGCUGGUUGGAGUGGAUGACGUUAAAGGCGUGUUCUUUGCAAAAGCUAGGAAACAAUAAAAUCAU